AUGGCUCAGCCUCAAUACCUCCCCGAUUCCAGGAUCAAAUGGACUGUUGGAAACAACUCAUACCCUAUCUGGCCGUCCGACCCGGACACUUCUAUCAUUGGCGAAAUCGCGGCAUCGGCCCUAGGCAUACCGGCUGACAGUCUCAGCGUGCGCUUCCUUGAUGACGGCGCCUAUCACAAGAUAUACGACAUCACCCAGACAAAUUCCUCGCCCACUUCCGUUGCGUACAUAUUCCGCGUCGCGGUACCAGUCGAUCCUGUUUACAAGAUGGAAAGCGAGAUGGCGACUUUAGAGUAUGUUCGCCAGAAGACUACCAUUCCUGUGCCCAGGCCUAUUGCCUGGAACUCAUCCGCCGCAAACCCAUUGGGCUAUGAAUGGGCACUUCUAGAAAAAGUUCCAGGAGUGGAACUUCGCGAUGUAUGGCUGGAGGUCCCAUGGGAGAAAAAGGUUGAUAUUGUUGAGAGCAUCGCCAUCUAUCUUGCUCAGAUUUGGAGUCUGGAUCUUGGAUUCUCAAAGAUCGGCUCGCUCUACCGCGCCUCGUUUGUCGACGACAAGCACCCCAUCAACACGUCCUCAUCAGUUACAAUUACCACUGCUAGGCCUUCUUCAAUUUCCAUGUCAAGAGCUGAUUCUGCUUUCAAGGAAGGCUUCAAGAUAGGCCCUGUGGUAGACAGCGCUUUCUUCUCCCACCGUCGUCGCUAUCUCGCAAGUGAUCGAGGGCCUUACGACUCCUGUGCUGGCUGGCUUCAUGCCUUAAUCGGGAUAGAAAAGGAGUAUAUCAGAACAAGCAAACUCCUCAUCGAAGAACAGAAGACCAUGGAGAAACCAAAGGAUGAGGAUGAUCUUGGCGAUGAUAUAGGCCUUGAUGACGAUGAUGAUCUCGAUGCUAUGUUGGACAACUGCGAUGGCUAUCUGCGGGCCAUGCCACUGAUGUUUCCGCCGUCAGAACCGGGGAAGCCGGCCGAGGCUCGCUUUGUUCUGCACCAUUGUGAUCUGAGAGCAGCGAAUAUCAUUGUCCACCCGGAAACGUUCAACAUUACAGGAAUUAUCGACUGGGAGAAUACUUGCUCUGUUCCCGAAUGGUACGGCUUGCGUUAUCCCAUGCUGAUAAACAAUAUGGAGCCAUUUUCGCAGAGGCCCUCGAAGUCGGCCGUAGCCGCGCUCAAGGAAGGGAAUGUCCCCUCCGACCAAUACGACAUCCUUUUUGACCGAUGGAAUUUGUGGGAGACAAAAGACCUGCGCGGCGUGUUUGACCGCAAGCUGGAACAGCUGGGCCUCAGCAAAGACUGGCGUCCCAACUCGCGCGAAGAUGAUCGGAAAUCUGAUUUUAUCAGGGGUGUAAGCAAGCUGAGUGACUUCUGGGAGAGUUCCGCGAGAAGCCUGCGGGAAAUCGAGUCGACAACCCAACUUGACCCGAAUAUACCAUCCCCUCCCAAGUCAUGA